AUGAUGCGAGAUUCGGACAACCCUAUCGCACCCACAACUAGCAGCCAUAGCAUUCCAAUACCCAGGAUUCGUUCAACCUAUCUCGAUGAUGAGCUGGAGUCGGAUGUCGAUUUCGCUGAGGAGCGGGAAAAUCAGUUAAAAAUCUCCUCUCAUCGGCAAGGUUUGGCUUCAAGCACUGUGUCUACAUCCCCACCUGUGUCAUAUCCGGAAACUCCUUCUCCCUCUUCAUUCAUUGACGCCCCCCGUUCGCUCCCUAUAAGCUUUUCGCGUAAUCGUCGCGCCGAUCCAAAUCUUUACGCAGAUGACACUCUUUCGUCCUCCCCAGAUGAUAUUCUCCUAAAUGCCGUACGUAGAACUCGUUCUACGCUCUAUCCAUCAGAUCGAAGGGACAAUGUGCCACCCCUUGAACAUAACGUUGAACCCCAAUCCUACCCGAUGUCUCGAAACAUGCUUCAUUCUCGAGAGGUUCCGUGGCCUCAUCGAGACGGUAGUCCGCGAUCUGAUGGCGGAUGGUCUGAUCUCCAUCAGCGUAUGGGAAAUCACAAUGGAGGCAAUGCGCAGUUCUCGUACCUAGCGCCUUUGUCACCGCUCAAGUCUGCCAGCCGUGGCGAAAUUGGUCAAACGGACAUCUCAGCUAGAGAAAAACCGUCUUCGCAGCAACAUUCGUCGUCAUGGUGGACCUCUCUCGAACCAAACCGACGGCCAUGGGGAGAGCAUGGCAAGAAUGGAGCUACUAAGACCGAUUUAGACAGCACGGGAAAGCGAGUUAUGGACAUAGCUUCGAGAAUAUUGGGUAUCACAGCCAAUGUUGCCUACGAAGUUCUUUCUGUUGGCGCGGAGUUGUUAUCGACUACUCAUGUAGAGGAACUGAGUGGCGCAGCUAAGGCUUUACUACGAAUCUGGGAUGAUUUACAAGCUGUCGAUAUGAAUAGAGCUGCUUGUUUACGGCUCACAGAUCGCAGUGCCACAAUUCUUUCCGCAAUAUACACGGAGAUAAUCGAAGCAGGCGGAGAGGUGGGGGAAGAGAUGCGCAAUCCUAUACUUCGCUUAACAGAAGCUUUCGCCCAGAUCGAGACUUUCAUGAAGAAACAGAACGGUCGUCCAUUUUUGAUACGGUACUUUCGACGAGAUGAGAUUCGUCAAAAUAUCCAAGAUUGUCUUCAUCAGCUGGAUCAAGUUGUUUGGAUGUUUCAUAUUGCCAUAUCAAUGCACAUCUUCAAGGUAAUUAUGCAGAUGGAAAAAGAAUCACGAAUCGCGAAGCCACCCUCUGCGACACCGGUGGUUCGUACUCUAUCAUCAUCUUCGCUCAGUGCGCAUGGGUUCGCAAGCGGUUCACAAGAUAGUACAACAAAACGAGUUGGCCUGCAGGAGGCUCGUCAGCAGAUGCAGGCCGUCACAUCGCGCCAAGAAGAGGAUGAUUUUUUUCAUGAUUAUGCAGACUUACGACAAAUCUUGCACGAUGCUCUGCGGUCCCAUUCUGACGUCGAAAUGGUCAAGUUAUUACAAGUUCGACGAGAUGAGAUACCAGAGGCCCUGCGUGCUCUCCGAGACAUUUCUGCAGAAGUGCAACAGGGACAUAUCAAUCCAAUUCACUCACCUAUGGCCUCUCGAUCACCUCUGAUUCCUACAUGGAGCCAUCUCGACCAAGAAUUUGUACAAGGCAGCAUAGACGUUUUAACCAGACUGAGUGAUGGUCAGCCGUUGCCACCAUGGACAAUCUCGAGAUUUGAGGUCGAACGUGGAGAGCAGAUCGGGUACGGUCAUUUUUCUGACGUUUACAAGGGGGCUUGGAAGGGUGAAGUGGUUGCCAUAAAAGUUCUUGCUAGAUUUGCCCCCAGAGAUCUCUUCGUGAAGGAAGUGAAAAUAUGGAGAAAUCUGCAGCAUCCGCUAGUGCUCAAGCUAAUUGGUGCUUCUUCAACGUCGAGCGACCCUCCCUGGUUCUUUGUUAGCCCAUACUUCGCCGAGGGGAAUCUUGUCACAUACUUGCGUCGCCUUCCAAGUCUAGACCUUGUUGAUCCACCUGCGAUGAUACAUGACAUUGCUCUUGGGAUGGACUAUUUGCACCGGCAACAAAUACUACAUGGUGAUCUGAAGGGAACAAACGUUCUUAUUAACGAUCAGGGGCGUUGCAUCAUUGCAGAUUUUGGGAUGAGUAGGUUGAAGUCUGAAGUAUAUCGCCUGAGCCGCAAGUCACCACCAGAUGGCACAUUACAGUGGCAAGCUCCCGAAUUCAUGGCUGGCACUUCAGGGCUGACGGAGGCUACUGAUGUCUACUCGUUUGCAAUUUGUUGUGUCGAGAUACUCUCAAAGGGGGAAUUACCCUGGCGUCAUUCUCCGAGCGAUAUUAUACUACGCCAACUUGUUAUAGUGGAAAACAGGAGGCCACCAAUCCCUGAAGUCCAAGCAAACUGGUCGUCGCCACUCGCGACCCUUAUUCAAUCCUGCUGGGACCGCGAUGAGUCGCACAGACCGGCGUUUCAAAGCAUAGUGCGAACACUCAAAGGGCUUAGGCAGUUCCGAUCUAUGACCAGAGAUGUUGGAAUAUCUCCUCUAGAUUCCCCCGAGCGAUGUGACUAUAAACUCCAGUCAUUGCGCGAUGGCUUGCCAGAGUCGUCCACAAUAACGGAUUCUAUACGAACAUCGUAUCGGAGCCACACUCCUUCAGCAAUUUCACACUUCAGCGUACUGCCUACAACGCACGAUUCCUAUCCGUCCUCACCGCUCGUCUAUGAUGUCCACCGGGAAGCAUUGUACAGAGAGGAGCUACGACAUGAAUUUCACCCGAGUCUUACACUCGCUCUCUGGCAUCCUACACACAUCGUACCAGGAGCGGUUGGUUUUCUCUCAAAAGAACGUGGAGAGUUUAUAACCCUUUUCAAUGCAUUUAAACCCACCCAAAUUCCUGAAGGAGCAGUGUUAAGAUCAUUGGAGACGUACGGCGACACUAAGAUGGUUCAUCUGCGAGAUGUCAAGCGCGAUGUUCCUCGUCGUGGAAUGGACCUAUUACGAAUUUCACCUUGGACUACUGUUUCUGCUCAACAGAGCGACAGAUCUUUCGUGUUGCGUGGGGGACGCGUGGAAGCGUAUCUCUUGACAAAGUCGACGAAACGUUACUUCAUGUCGUCGCUUCAACCUGCGAUGACUUGGUUUAUGGAGCAUAUUAACACUAUCGUGGACGUCUAUGGCAAGCAAUAUCAUAUCUCACGAGAAGAUCUCUAUCUUGUUACUGGGACGUUGGAGGCAAAGAAACACGCGUUGUUUGUGAGUGAUAACCAUGAAGAUGGCAAGCUGCUGUUUAUCCCACACCCUCAUCCGCAAAUCGGGCAACCAUGGGGACAUUUCGCCAUCACCACUGAUCCCUUAUCAACCGACACAAAAGUCUCACAGCCAUCUGUGAAUAAGAUCACGGACGGUAGGAGUAAGAUUUCCUUGGUGAGCUCCCUGGAUGGAUAUUGGGAUACAGUCCUCGUGGCCCGACUAAGAUUCAAGGCUGGACACGUUGAGCCGACUCAAUCGUGGUAA